UUUUGCUGCAAUUCUCUUCUUACUGCUAUUUCCCUCGUUUGUGCUCGUUUGUGGUUGCAUCGUAUGAUCGUAUGACAUUUUGAUUUUGUGUGAGGUGCAUAUUUAACACCUUUUAUUCUCAAAAGUACAAUUAAAUUAUGCCUAAAAGAAAAAAUAAUGCUCUCAUUGACUCUGACAGCAGUGGAAGUGGCUCUGGAGAUAGUGGCUCUGAUCUUGAGAAUGAACUUUUAACUUUGUCGAAGAAGAAAAAGAAUAAAUCACAAAGUGAAUCACCCGUUGAAGAUGAUUCAUCAAAGAAACCUGCCGAUUCUGAGACAUCGGACUCUGACGAUGAUUGGGGUGCGAAAGGUGGAAAGGCGAAAAAGAAUAAAAAAGCUCCGGCCAAAAGAUCUAAGCGAAAAAUGACCAAAUCUAGUUCAGAAGAUAGUGACAGUGAAAAAGAAGAGUCCAAAGUCUCUGAACUUGAAGAAGGCGAAGUAUCAGAUUCCGAUGCGAGUGUUUCUGACUCAAGCCAAGAGGAAUUUAACGAUGGCUAUGACGACAAACUGAUGGGCGAUGAAGAAGAUCAAGCUCGACUGGCACAAAUGACUGAAAAAGAACGAGAACAAGAAAUUUUCAAGCGUAUAGAACAACGUGAAAUAAUGAAAACAAGAUUUGAAAUUGAAAAGAAGCUGCGAAUGGCUAAAAAACAGGAAUUAAAGAAGCAGAAGGAAUCGAAAAAGAAAGAGAAGGGAGGAGUCGAUGAGAAGGAGAAGAAAAUUGAAAGGGCACCAGAUCCAAAAGAACGUAGCAAAGACAGAAAGAAAACAAUCGAGGAAAAGCAGGAUAAAAAAUUCCACGCAAUGUCUCUACUAAAGGCAAGAAGAGAAGAAAAGAAAGAAAGAGAGGAAAAAGAAAAACAAAGGAUAGAACAACAACAGGCACAGUCCAAGGAUGAGGAGGAAGAAUUGGAAGACGAUCAUAAAGGUGGAAAUAAAACGAAACUCAAGGCUUCUGAUAUUUAUUCCGAUGACAGUGGAUCGUCGGACAGUGAAGCGGAAGAUGAUUCAUCAAAACAAGUUUCCAAUCGUAGAUCAUCUUCCAGUGAUGAGAAAGAUUCAGACUCUGAUAACGAUAAAAAAUCCGUAAUGAGUGCAAAAACAAAAAUAAAGAAACCAAUUUAUGUAAGUACAAAAGAGGAUCUAAACAAAAUUCGUCUCUCCCGCCACAAAAUGGAAAGAUUCGUUCAUCUUCCAUUUUUCGAUCGAGUUGUUCAGGGUUGCUUCGUGAGAAUUGGAAUUGGCAACAAUAAUGGAAGACCAGUGUAUCGAGUGGCGGAAAUUAGUGGUGUUUGCGAGACCGGAAAAAUUUAUCAAUUAGGCGGAACUCGCACUAAUAAGGGUUUAAAACUUCGACACGGUGCUCAAGAGCGUGUUUUCCGAUUGGAAUUUGUCUCGAAUCAAGAAUUCACAGAAUCGGAAUUCUUCAAGUGGAAAGAGACUUGUGCACUGCAGGGUAUAUCUCUUCCAACUUUUGAAGAAAUCGACCUUAAGACGAAGGAUAUUAAAGAGGCGAUGGUUUAUGAAUUCAAGGAGGAAGAUAUCGAGAAGAUUAUUCGAGAGAAGGAGAGAUUUAAGCAAACUCCUUAUAAUUAUGCUAUGAAGAAGGCUAAUUUGAUGAGAGAAAGAGACGCGGCGAAUUGUCGAGGUGAUGACGAAGUGGCGACUCGAUUGAAUUCCGAACUCAAUGAAUUGGAGGAGAGAGCUUCGGAAUUGGAUAAAGCGAGAACUGCAUCAAUCUCGAGUAUAUCUUAUAUCAACGAUCGAAAUCGAAGGAGAAAUGUGGCGGAGGCUGAAAAAGCAAUUAUGGAAGAAAUAAAAGCGACUAAAGGAAGAACAGUGGAUGAUCCAUUUACAAGACGUAGUACAAAGCCGAGAAUGGUUUACAAACCCGAUGAAGUGGACGAUCCUGAAGUUUUGCCUGAAGUAGCGACACAUUCUGUUCGUCCUGCCGAAAAAAUUUCCACAUCCAACGAAAAGGAAAAUAGUCAAAAAGUUCCUAAGAAGCAAAGUACUGAAGAUUUAUUCAGCGCUCACAAUUUCGACAUAACAAUUGAUUUAGAGGUGCCAAUUCCAAGUAACCCUGUUAGCAUAUUACCCAAGCCAAUAAAUAAUAUUAAGGACACAGGACCUCGCAGAUCAUUGAAUUUAGAAGACUACAAGAAGAAACGUGGCCUCAUCUAACACUUCGUAAAUUAUUACAUUGUUUGAAAAAUAACGCCACCUUUCUUUAUUAAAAAAAAAACUUGUGCGAGAAUAAUCAAGAAAAUUGCAGCAAAGGAAAAAGGCGUAAUUUAAAUUUAGAUGUUUAUGGUAUUUAUACUUUUAAGAUGAUUACGUUUGCUUCCAUUUUUUUUCUCUACUGGAAGAUUUAAUUUAAACUUCAAUGAUUAUAAAUCGUGUAAGAAGGAAAAAUAAUUUUUUUUUGUAAACCUAAUUUUUAAUAGUGAAUUAUUGACAUGCUCGCGGCAAUUGUUUUCUCUAAUAUAAAUUACAAGUCGGUAGUUCGUUCCUUGUUUAUUUGUUAUACAUAAAAUUAAAAGACGAAGUAUCGUCAUAAUUGUCGUUCUGGGUCAGAUGCAACUUGAUGUAGUAAUUAAACAUAAUAAAUAAGUUAAGAAUGCAAGAAAAAAAAAACUGAAAACUUUUGACAUUUAAAAAGUGAUCCUUUCAAAGAGUAUUAUUUUUGAGAUUCUUAUUUAUACAAUUCGCUUGAAUUUUGUUUUUAUUUUAUUAUUUUGAUUAUAAUUUUACAUUUGACUGAAAAAAUGAGAAAAAUUUUGACAAAUAUUUGACUUUGAGUUUCAAUUACAAAAAAUAAUUUUAGACUUUUAAUUUUCUUUUAAUCAAAACCUCAUUCAGAUGCAUCGACCAGUCGACGAAAAUUAUUUAUUGUAGAAAUAGAGAAUAUUCUAAAAGCUCAAUCAUACUCAUUUUAAAUGUAUCUACACGAACUGAACAAUGAAUUAAAUUUUUUAAAACUGAUUUCAUCAAUGUAAUAAAUGAGAAAUUCUGUAUUAAUAAUAUAACUGUUUCUCAAUGAAAUUAUCAGUUUAUAAGAAUUAAUCUUUGAUGUGCUUAAAUUUUUUCGAGUUAAGAAUAUUGAAUAUUCUUACCUGAAUUCAAUUUUAAUUUUAACUAUUAAAUGAAAUUAUCAAUAUGAGUACAACUUUUAUUCACACGUAAGAUUUAUGAUUGUAAUGAGUGUGUAUUCAAGGAAGCGAUGUUAAAUAUUUUCGAUUAGAUCACUAGUUGUUAGGGAAUGUAAAUCGCUUCAUUGAAAAAGAUAAGAGUGAAGGAAUGAAGUAAUUUAUUUUUUUUAUAGUUUAUUUUCAAAUUAAAAACAUAUUUAGUUUAUAAAACAAGCAUUUUUUUUUAAUAGAUAAAUAACUUUUUUAACUUUGUAGAUACUUAAAAAAAUAGGAAAAAAUGAAAGAUUGAAAGAAAUCGAAUAUUCAAAUUUGAAGAAACUUCUAAAAAAAGAAAAGAAAAGGCUGUAAAUAAUUGCUAAGCAGAAAUUAAUAGAAUUUUUUUUUCAGUAUCAUAUUAUUUAUACUGUAUGUUGAAAAAAAUGAUAAACCGAUAAGAAGUAUUUACAAUUAAUUGUAAUCAAUUCCGUACCAUUAGGUUCGGUUAUUAUAAAAUUAAAUACGUUUGAUAUUAGUUCAAACAUACAUUGUAAAAAAUAGUUAUGUUUAAUAAAAUUAAUUCUAAGAACAAA